UGACGCACACACGAAACCCUACUAAAAAUUGUAAAAGUGAAAAUUAAUAUACCUGCGCUUAAUAAAUAACAGUUAUCUAUUUUCACGUUUGGUGGCAGUCAGAUUUUAACUAUCGGUAAGCUAUCAAAUAAGGCGUUGAAGAUGGAGCCUGAAAAUCCGAACGACCCAAAUUUUGCGUCAUCGUCAGCGUCAUCGUCAUCAUCUGAGACACCUUUCUCUGAAAUGGGCAUUGACGAUCCAGCAGAUUUACAUAGAAUUCUCUGUAUAUUCAAAACUCUGGAAGAAAUAAUUAAGCCGAUAAAAACUCAAGCUGAUAUUUUGCGAAAUAGGCAAUAUUAUCUGGCUACCCAUUUUCAUCGAUACAAAUAUAUAAGUGGAGUCGCAAAGGUACCAAAGCCGUUUCUGACGUCGGGGAAAUCUUAUUUCUUACGCCCCUAUGGCUAUUGGGUACGAGAUCCAGAAUACGAGGCUCCAAGACCUACUUCAGAUUGCCCCAUUCCGUUUGAAAUAAGAGAUGGCUUGGACCCAAAAGUUGCAACUGAAAAUAUUCGCAAAUUAUUCAAAGAAUUGGACGAUAUACUAAGUAAGCGAACACCUACGGCUCCAACCGAGUCUGAACCAGAGACAGAGCAGGACACAGCGCAAGAUACACCGCUAGGCACAUCGCUUGACAGGAUGCUUUAUACACCACGAGCAACAUUGCAAGACACUUAUCAAGCCACACCGCAAGAUACACCGCCAGAUACACCGCAAGAUACACCGCCUGAUACACCACAAGAUACACUGCAAGAUACACAGCAAGAUACACCGCAAGAUACACCGCAAGAUACACCGCAAGAUACACCGCAAGACACACAAAAAGACGAUGAACAGGACUAUAACAAAAAUUUGUUUAAGUUACUAAGAGGUAUGAAGAUGUAAUUUUUGUGUUCAAGAAUAACUCGUAAAGAUCGGAAAGUUUUCGAGGAACAUCUUCGCUCUAAUAACCAUCUACUUAUUUAUCUACUCAGGAAGUUAAAAAAAUCAAGGACUCAAC